AUGUUCACGGAUUCUUUAGCCGCUAAUCUGAUUCAAUGGCUUGGAACAUGUCAUUUGAAGGUUACCGAAGGAUUUGAACCCUUCACAUCUAAGUACAAUAUCAAACCAUCCAAGUCAGACCCUCAGAUGUCUGCCUCUGUCCGCAGUGACUAUAUGAAAAAAUGCCGAUCAAUCCUCUUUGAUUUGUUGAAGGAAGGGCUGUACACAAACUUCCUCCAUGGUUACAAGAUCACUGGCAAUACUGUCAACCUUCUCAUGUUUGGCAACAAACAUUUGAUAGAGGGUCAUAUCCAUAAAUGGUAUGAUGAUGUCAAGUUGCCUCUCUGUGAUGAGAUAUUCAAGUGCAGCUUAACCAUGACCCCGAUUGUCUUGUUAGCAUGGUCAGCAGUUGCACUGCAAGUUUUAAUUAACCACAUAGUUGAUCUGCAGACUGCCCGAUUCACUAAAAUGAAGUAUGCUGGAUGGCACUCUGAGCUCGUAAAAGACAUGGAGCACACCUUACUGCAUCCCAUCCACAAGGAAGUGUUUAAAGCACAUUUGUUAGACACACACCUGAAAGGAAUGGAAAAGAUAGUGAAAUCAUUAAAUGAUCUGAGCGUCGGGAUCACCUAUAUACCUUCGUCAGCAGAGGAAAUCUCUUAG